AGCCUCAACCGCUUUCCCCACCUCUCUAGCUUCCCUUCACUCCCCACUUUCUCACUCAAUCUUCUCUUCUUCUUCUUCUUCUUCUUCUUCUUCAAUUUCUGAGAGCUUAAUUUUAUUCAAUAUAUAUGGAAGCCCCUGAAGAAUUCACCGGGUCUAAUGAUCCGACCCUGAUCAUCAAAGGCAAGCGUACCAAGCGCCCACGCCAGUCCUCGCCACCUGGAGUCGCGCUGACGUCUAGCCUGUCAAGCGGUGGCGGUGGAGAUGGUGGGUCUUGUUCUUCGUUUCCAUCACCUGCGUCUAAUUCUGAGACGAUGUCUAUGAGCACCGAGGAAGACGAAGACAUGGCUAAUUGCCUUAUUCUCUUGGCUCAGGGUGUUGGUUCGAGGCAGGUGGGAGAGGAAGCUUUGGAAAUCAGUAAGAUGGAUUAUAAGUUCAGUAGCCGAAGAUCAUUCCCCGAGAUGGUGACAACCACCGCCGGCAAAGCCGGGUUCUUUGUCUAUGAGUGCAAGACGUGUAACCGGACUUUCCCGUCCUUCCAAGCUCUGGGCGGUCACCGAGCAAGCCACAAGAAGCCGAAAACUAGCCCAUCUCCGGCGACACAACUGGAACAAGCAGCAGCAGCCACUGAAGAGGAAGAUGAUGAAGAAGGAGAAGGGCAAUUGAUGAUCGCCAAGAUUGGCCCUUUUCAAAUGGCGGCUAAAACCUCUACACAUAUCAGUAACAAACCCAAGGUGCACGAAUGUUCAAUCUGCGGGUUGGAGUUCUCGUCCGGCCAGGCCUUGGGUGGCCACAUGCGGCGGCACAGGCCGCCUCCAACCGCUAAAACCACCGCCGCCGGCAACGACAAGCCAAGAAAUUUCCUGGCUUUGGAUCUGAACCUUCCGGCGCCGCCAGAAGAAGAUGAUAAUCACAGAGACUCAACACAGUUUGAUCAGUUCGCCGCCACCAAACAACACCUCGUCUUCUCCGCGCCGGCCUUGGUGGAUUGCCAUUACUAGGGGAAAUUAAGGACCAGAUUCAAUGUGAAUUAUAUAUUUUGCUUUUCCUAUAUUCUAAUAAUAUUUAAUUAGACUUAUAUAUAUAUAUAUAUAUAUUCAAGAGUAUGGAUUCUUUGAAUUAAUCUGAAAUAAUUUCGUCCA